AUGGCUUCAAAUCACCCAUACCAAACCCUCGACAUUGACGAGCGCGUCAAACGCGUUCUUCUAAACACUCCCUUGAUCGACGGCCACAAUGACCUCCCACAACAGCCGCGGGCCAUCACCAAAGGCAAGAUCUACAACAAUCCUAAGUUCGACCUCAAGAAGGGAUUUGAGCGGGGUAUGACGGAUAUUCCGCGACUGCGUGAGGGCGCUGUCGGUGGUCAAUUCUGGUCUGUCUGCGUACCAUGCCUGAGGUCCGCCGAGAACUUCUCGACGCCGGAGUACUCGGACAUGGCGAGGGAUGCAAUCGAGCAGAUUGAUCUGACGCUGCGACUGGUCGAGUCGUAUCCGGACGUGUUUCAGCUUGUGAAUGGGCCAGGAGAUGUCAAAAAGAUCUAUCAGGAGGGGAAGAUCGCUUGUUCGAUUGGGAUUGAAGGACUUCACAUGGCCGGGAACAGCAUCGGGAUAAUCCGUGCGUUCUACCGUCUAGGCGUUCGAUACUGCACCCUAACCCACGUCUGCAACAACGCCUUCGCCGACAGCUCGACCUCAAAAGUCGGCCCCGUGCACGGCGGCCUCUCAAAACUGGGCCGCUCCGCCGUCGUCGAGAUGAACCGGCUCGGCAUGAUAAUCGACUGUUCGCACGUCUCCGAAGCCUGCGCGCACCAAGUCCUCGACCUCACACGCGCCCCCAUAAUGUUCUCCCACUCGAACGUGAAGUCCGUCUUCGACUGCCCGCGCAACCUCCCCGACGACAUCAUCGACCGCGUCCCAGCCAACGGCGGCCUGAUCAUGGUGACAUUUGUCCCCGAGCACGUUUGCCAUCGCCGCGGCGAGGCAACCAUGGACAUGCUCCUCGACCAUCUCUUCUACAUUGCAACCCGCAUUGGAUGGGAAUAUGUCGGGCUAGGCUCGGACUUUGACGGGAUUGCCUCUGUGAUCAAGGGGCUGGAGGACGUGAAGUGUUACCCUGGGCUCCUGAAGGCGAUCCUUGAUCGCGGCGCGACGGAGGAGCAAUUGGCUCUCGUGGCGGGGGAGAAUGUGCUCAGGGUCUGGGGGGAGAUUGAGAAGGUGAGGGAUCAGAUGAAGGCUGAGGGCGUGCUCCCUGUUGAGGAUGUCUGGGAGGAUCGCACCUGGUGGCGGUAUGAUGGGUACUAUCAGAUGGAGGAUCCGGAUCCCGAGGAUAAGUUGGGGCUGGGGUGGUACGGGGUUCCGCCGCCGGACGAGGGGUUGUAUCUUGAGGAGUAG